AUGCGCAAAGGCACCGUGUAUACUGGCGUCGAAAAGGGGACAAUCCUUGGCCUUCGAGAGGCUGGAUGGACGUUUGUUGCGAUUGGCAAGCAUCUGGGACGGUCGGGCAAUAAGGGGUGGAGGAUCGUCGAGAGGAGUGAAAGCGGCUCUAGUAUUGAAUGUAUCGGCAACUCGCCAAAAGUGGGCAAAGGCCACGAUCCACACACGGACCGAUUGGAACUGUGGUGUUCGUCAGGAAGCGAAGACACGAAGAAGGGAGCCGGCGGUGCUCCAUGGUAG